UUCUUACCCGAGUAAUACACAUGGGAAACACCGUUAAUACUGAGACAUAAAUUACAGAACACACAUUAAGAUAUCAGUGUAAAUGUUUCAUGCAAACAUGUGUUAAAUCCGGGUAUAUGGAAUACUAAAGUCAACGUUAUUUAAACUUGGAUGUACCAGUUAAUACAGACACAGCUGACAGGGUGGGGAGGCUGAUGCGGACAUAGGACAGACAUGUCCAUACCGGACGCAUGGACGGCGGACAGGGUCGACUUUAAUGGCAAGGCCAGGGUCGUAAAACUUGUUACCGGAAUAAAGGACGUUGGGAAUGCUAAGGUGAAAAACUUGUCCAAAUCCAACUCCAGUGCUGCGCAGGUCAGCCAUAAAUCCCGCUCGCAGAAGGUGCUCCAACUGAAGGCCAAACACUUCUCCGACAAGCCAGUGAUUCGAACCAACGGCCAGGAUGAAAGGCCGCUCACCACCAAACCACCGAUUUUUCCAGGGGCGUGCUUCAUGCCGUCAGAAAACCCGACAGCGACUUUGCUGACCCAGAUGAAUGUUGGUACGAACAGACUGACGGACAGCCAAACAGAUUAUCUUGAAUCUGUCCAAACCAAAUCCACGCCAAGGCAGGAAAGAGGAGUUUCGAUGGUAGAUAUAGGCUGUGGAGGGUUUUUCAACGCUGUAGUUCCAAACGACAUUAUCAUGACGAAGCGCGCAUUCCUCAACGAGUCACAGGUUCGUGAACGAAAGCAGACAGCAUUGCGUAAAUCUCAAUCCAUGGCGGUGCGUUCGGCCGCUAAUGUUGAGCCGAGUGCCAAGCGGGUCAACAGUUCAACCAUCGCUGUGGCACCAGCACCAGACAACAAGUCCCUUUGUUACCAUGAGUCAUUCAAACGCGGCGGAGAUUUACUGCCAGUGUACGACAAGAGCGAGUUAGACGCUUGUAAUGAUCAAAUCGAUCUGUUGUUACCGGGAUUUGUAAGUGAGUCGCCUCCUAGGAUAUCUAGUCAGUCAGGAGCAGUUCUUAAUUUGCGGACUCCGAAUUGCUGCAGUUGUUGUAGUAUGUGUGAUAGCCCUGGCGAUUUCCGUUUUACGAUCCCAGGGACAACGCCCACUUUAAACCGGAAGUCAACACGAACUGGAAGUAACAACGGGGUAUUGAAUGCACCGCAUCAACAGUGCGAGUGUAAGCAGUGCCACGGUGAAAAUUCUAUGCCACCUAAUAGGUUGGUGCAAUAUCGCCAUGGCGACGUUAUAAAAACUUUUGAUUGGCUCACAGCAGACUCACAGGAAACUGCACUAUGAUUUGUUGAGAGUAAUUGUGUUUAUUGAUAUCAUUUGUCUGUGUUGUGUUUGUGCAAUACUCACGUUAUGUGUUUUUAAUACAGGUAAACUAAAUGUCACUCAAAAUGAAAUGAGCUUGCAUCUGGUAGACGCAAACGAAUAUUUCUUGCAUUCUAGACCGAGAUAUCCGCUUUUUCGGCAUAAUGGAAAAUCUUAUCCGACCCACGAGUCUGGAUCGCUUACACGCGAAGACUGGCGGGGGAAUUACAGUGAUCUUUCUUGGUCUAGCAAUUGUUCGUGACGUUUUGGGGUCAGUCGGGUUCAUUGACGUCAUUAACAAUUGCCUUCGAGCUUCAUUUAG